AUGUGGGGAGCGCUCUUGACAAAGUAUCUGGACUUUGAAUGCAAGGCCAUCGGUCUUUUGCGAAGGUUCCCUUUUAUGCACGAGUACACUAAUGAUCCCACAAGUGCACGAAUUACGCUGUUCUUAACAACAGUUGGCUUGAUGGCAUUGGUGAAUGAAUUCUAUAUCACCAUUGAAAUGAGUUUACUGCAGAAAAAAACGUACGAUGACUUGAACAAUGCUCCACUCGACGUGGAGAGCCUGAGAAAUCACCCAUUGGUUAUAGACGACGAAUUUCACGGCAAAGAAUGGCUUGACGAGAAAAGCGGGAUUGUCAUCGAAGAGUUCGAGACGCUCAAUAGGUUCUUUGCCAAGCCAGUGCAUGUAUCGCACUUGUACGUUGAAUGCAGUGUCAUAGAGGAGGACUCGUCUGAAAAUAGCGAAAAGGUUUUGUCAGAACCUUUUAUAUUUCAUCUAGAGUUUUCACCCGAGGAGUGGGAACUCGAGAAAAGGCCCGAGUUUGGUUGCAUACUGGAGACUCUGAGACGCAAGCUCUACCACUUUUUCAAAGAUAGCCAUUUGCACGAAGAGUAUGUUGUGCGUGGUCGUGAGGUGGGUGUGUAUGAACCCUUCACACUCUCUAAUAGCGUCCGGAUAUACAAUAUCAUGCAGGAAUUGCUUCCCACUACAGUAGACGACGUACAGCUAUGUUUUUUGAAGAUGGAGACCGGAGAUACCAUCAAGUGCAAGUUUGUUGUGUAA